AUUUAUUCUUUUGCUAGACUGUUGCUAUGGAAUCACAGGCGAACUGGUUACAAACACAGAUGUUAUUCAACCCUGACUAUACUACUCAGUAAAGAACAGGCAAUAGUAUCUUGGGAACAAAGGCAAUAUGAAGAAAAUAUCCACCUCAUUUCCAGGCUUCUUCUUCAUCUUCUUAGAAGCCUGGGGAUAAGGUAAUAUUGCUGGUGAUGUCACCUCUAUUAAGAUAUUUUCAGGGUCAGUCACAUUUGAGUCAAUGUCAUAAAAUAUACAAUAUUUUGCUCUAGAGAGGUAAUGAAAAAUUUGUGUUUUUAAUCUAUUUAUCUAUAUCUAUUUUGUUAUUUUUUUGUAGGCUUGCUCAAAGGACCAGCACUGUAUUUGCAAAUCAAGGGGUUCCUGUGUAUAUGUUCAGUAGGAUAACUCCCACACCAUUUGUUGUAAGUCUAUAAAUUAAAGGUUACUUGGGUUAGGAUUAACUUUUGCUGUUUAUGUUUGUGGGAAUGCUUGUGCUUUUGCACUGUUAUCCUUAGUAGUUUAAUCCUGUUUUUGCUGUUAUUCUGCUUAUUGUAUUUUGCGGUGCCCCAGAAGAUUCCUGGGUCCAGUUGUUCGAACGCCGGUUAGCGCUAACCUGGGAUUAAAUUUUAUUCCGGGUUUCUUUUUCUUUUUAUCAAAAUUAAGUACUCUCUCGGAUAAUUUGCUCUAUUCUUUUUCGAGUAUCCAAUCAUCAAAUUGUAGGCAAAGUGAAUUAAACUGAAUUUGCUUUUUAAGCUCUUCUAGCUGAGUUCAACUUUCGCUUUAACCCUGGGUUAUCUUAAGUAGUCUACUAGGGUCAAAGAUAAGCCCCGUUGGUGACUUCCCUUGGACUUCCCGCAUACUAAUUUGGAUUCCCUCACAAAAAGUGCGUUCCCUUUAUGAAUAUGCAUAACGGUCGAGUCUAUGACGUCACCCAUUCUUAUAACCUGGGGAAAAAAUGCGUUCCUCCAUACUAAUGGGGGUCUUCCUGCAUACUAAUAAGGAUACUCGACAAAAAUGCCUUCCCGCAUACUAAUUCGGUAUAGGUUCACUAAUGAGCGUCACUCUACUUCAAUAGGAACAAUAGGCUUGCCUAGACUUGCGCGUGAAGUAACUUGAGCUCGGUUUUCAGACCGUCUAUUAAAAGAGAAAUAGAGAAGCGAUCACCUAGCAACGCGAGAAACGGCUUUCUACAUCUUAUUUAGCGCUAAACUCAGAUAUGUAAACAAAACACAUACAGAAAGUGGAGUUGAAAAGUCUUUUUUUCAAUUUAGUUUACGUCUUCCUUUUUUAGCGCUAAAACGCGGAUAUAUAAACAAAACACACGCACAUAUACACGAAAUGGAGCUGAAAACUCUCUAUUUCAAUUUUGUCUGACUAUUACAGAACCGUUUUCUCCACUAUAUCUCGAGGAAAUGAAAAACUGUUAAAGUCUCAGCGUUUCACUUACCGUUAGUCAAUUAAUUAUGCGAGUUCGCAAGCCCAAAGUUGAAUACAAAUGAGCUCUACAGGAAAAACCUCAGUGGAGCAUCUUGACGUAUUAUUAUAAAACAAAUAACUUGACAAGGAUCAAUUGAUUAAACACGCGACUAAUAAUUGCUGGCAAUAAAAUCAGACACGAGAUACCGUUUUAAAACACAAAGAGUCAAAUACACAGCGAUUUGAAAGAAAUCUAUUAAAAUAGUCAAAGAAACCAAGCUAUCUUUUUUACUACGUUUCCCUCCUCAAUAUUUUUUAUUCCCUCCUCCACAAUUUUAUUAUUUUCGCUCCUCAUUCUUGAAUUUCCUCCUCCACAAUUUUAAUAUUUUCCCUCAUUUUUUUUAUUCCCUCCACCACAAUUUUUAUAUUUUCCCUUAAUUUUUUUAUUUUCCCUCCUCAAUGUUAUUAUUCCCUCCUCCACAAUUUUAUUAUUUUCCCUCCUCCUCCUCCUCCUCCGCCUCCUCAUUUUUAUUGUUUUCCCUCCUCCUUCUCCUCAUUUUUAUUGUUUUCCCUCCUCCACGCUUUUGUGUUACCUUUGAAGACAAAACAAGGUCAAGAACUGGCUCGCCAAGUACCCGUUUAUAAAUUAAAAGAUGAUUCAGGUGAAAUCUUAGAUGGAACAUUUUAAGAGCCUGAAUUGCAGAAAAGUAUUAAGAACGAUCAUGUGUACCGCGUCGAAAAGAUUUUGCGGAAGAGAAAGCGUAAAGGAGUAGUAGAAUACCUUGUGAGAUGGAAAGGAUACCAAUACCCAAAAUUUGAUUCUUGGGUUCAAGAAAGUGGUAUUUUGAAGUUGUAAUUUAUGCGUUUUUUUGUGUAGUGAAUAAAGGAAAAGGAAAUAAUAAAAUGAACGGUGUGUGGUUUCUAAUAAAUUAAGAAUACCCAGAUUAAAAAGUUCAUUUCAACACAGGGUACGAUGGAGGUAACACAGUUUUAUCUGCACCUCCCUAGCAAUAGCAGUCUUGAUAAAUUUCCUCAUAACUUAUUAACAGAGUACCGAGUUAGUUUACCACAAACCCUAAACCUUACAGGAGAAUGGGAAGUGGCUUUGUCCGAGAUCCAUUAUCCGCAAAGCUGGAAUAACAUUCAACAGUUCCGAUUUUACGUUCGAAAUGAAAAACUCCACGGUGUUUGGGACUCCCUGGAGAUGCUUCCGGGUCAUUAGUCUUCCGUCGAGGAUGUCCUUCAAAAGAUGAAAGAGUUAGUGGACAAUGAAAAUCGAUAUUCAGAUGAUGUACGGUUUUCAUACGAUAAUCUCAGCAGAAAGGUUACGGUUCAUUUGAAAAACAACGUAGAAGUUUCGCUAAAUGAUAUGGCCUAUAUCCUGGGGUUCACUCCCAAACAAAUUAUUUCAAAGACCACUAAGGGGGACAGACAGGUGGAUUUGGAAUACGGCUUUCACGAUCUUUUCGUUUACUGUGAACUUAGUCAGUCACAAUAUGUUCGCGAUGUACUGGUCCCUUUGCUUCGAAUUGUUCCUGUAGAAGGAGAGGUUGGUCAGCGAGUCGACAGUAAAUCGUUUGUGUGCCCUCAAUAUGUACCUGUCAGCAGAAAGCAAUUUGAAACCAUCGAAGUCAAUAUAAAGCGAGACACAGGGGAAUCUGUGCCAUUUGAGUUUGGAAGAGUGUUGUUAACACUUCAUUUUCGUCAGAGUCAACCUCAGUACUUUUAAAAAGGAAACAACUCCACGCUCCAAAUCAUAAGUUCUACGAACAGUACUAUGUUGAUCAAGCCANUCAGCAGAAAGCAAUUUGAAACCAUCGAAGUCAAUAUAAAGCGAGACACAGGGGAAUCUGUGCCAUUUGAGUUUGGAAGAGUGUUGUUAACACUUCAUUUUCGUCAGAGUCAACCUCAGUACUUUUAAAAAGGAAACAACUCCACGCUCCAAAUCAUAAGUUCUACGAACAGUACUAUGUUGAUCAAGCCAAGCAAAAAGGUGGGAAUUUACCCGCAUUUCACAGAGCUCGACUUCAGCGAGGGUACGGCUUAGGUUCCAUAUUUAAAGGUCUGUUCCGCUGGGCGAUGCCUCACCUGCAAUGAGGUGCUAAGGUGAUUGGAAAAAAAGCUUUGCAAACCGGGGUCAAUGUUGCGCAAGAUGUUCUUGAUGGAGAUAACAUUAAAAGGCAAUCAGCAAACAGGCUAAACAAGCCCUUGGUCUACCUUCCCAGAAUUCAUUGCAGGGACAACCAGGAGCUGGUAAAAAAGCUAUCAAAAGGAAAGCGCAAGGAGCCAAAAUCAGUUCACCUCUCGGCAAGAAAGCAAAAACAUCUCCGCAGCAAAAGAAGCGUCAAACCAUUUUUGACAAAGAAUAGAAUGCCCUUCGUUCAUCACGAGUCACGCGAGUGUACUUAAUCAGAGCUCGAUCUUUUUACUAUUCCUGCGACACAAACCUCUAUUCACAAAGGGCAAUGGAUUGAAUAUCACCCUCUCAGCAACAUCACGGACACUGGUCCUAUUGAAUUUAACGUAUCUGGAACCGGGGAAGAAUAUUUAGAUAUAGCGCGGACACAACUUUAUGUGAAAGCUAAGAUCACGAAAGCAAACGGAACUGCGUUAGAUGCCGAUACACAAGUAGGUCCCGUGAACCUGUUUUUGCAUUCCCUGUUUUCACAAGUAGACGUUUCCUUGAAUGAGCGACUUAUAUCUGCAUCCGCUAACACUUACCCCUAUCGUGCCAUGAUCGAAUCUUUGUUGAACUACGGGGAAGAAGCUAAAACAAGUCAACUUUCUAUGGCCAUGUUUUACAAAGAUACUGCCGGAAAGAUGAAUAUAGUGAACCCCUUGGCUGCAGACGAUGAAGCAAACCUUGGAUUAAAGGCUCGCUAUGAGUUUACCAAAGAGAGUCGUACGGUGGAUAUGAUGGGACCCAUUCACAGUGAUAUAUUCUUUCAAGACCGGUUGAUGCUCAAUGGAGUUAAUUUAAGAAUCAAACUGAACCGGGCUAAGAAUGUGUUUUGUCUUGUGUCCUCAGCAGCCGCAGCUAAUUUCAAAGUGAUUAUCACAGAAGCCAUCUUGUUUGUACGCAGAGUCAAGGUUGCCUUUUCUAUCAUUCUAGGCCAUGCAGCUGGGCUAAAACACUCCAGCGCCAAGUACCCCAUUCGCAGAAUCGACCGUAAAGUGCUCUCUAUUCCAAGAGGAUUUAGCAGUUUUAACCCUGACAACAUCUUUUUGGGUCCAAUUCCCAAGUGCAUAGUAUUGAAUUAGUGGACACAGAGUCUUACAAUGGAAGUUACCGUACCAACCCCUUCAACUUCAAUCACCACAAUUUAACUCAAGUGGGUGUGUACGUGGACGGAGAACAAAUCCUUCGAAAACCUUUGUUCCUGAAUUUUGACACCGCUGGUGGUCAAAAUGUGAUAGCCGGCUAUCAAAGUCUUUUCUCUGGUAUUGGAAAGCUUUCCCGGGAUACGGGCAAUCAGAUAAGUAGAAGUGAUUAUGGCUCUGGUUACACCUUAUUCGCAUUUGAUUUGACCCCAGGUCACUGCCCGGGAGAUCAUUUUGAGCUCAUAAAACAAGGAAACCUGCGCUUGAAGCUUCAUUUCUCGGAAGCACUCGCUAACACGGUUAACCUUAUCGUCUACGCUGAAUUUCAAAACGUGAUUGAGGUCGACGCAAACCGAAACGUUCUCUACUACUGCAGAAACUAAAAAAAGAAUGGACACCAUUCAACUGACCCUUAUUUUGAGAAAGGACAAAUUUACAAGAGGUGUGUUUCAAGGCGUGUAUCCCUCAGACAAGCUGCNUAUCAUUCUAGGCCAUGCAGCUGGGCUAAAACACUCCAGCGCCAAGUACCCCAUUCGCAGAAUCGACCGUAAAGUGCUCUCUAUUCCAAGAGGAUUUAGCAGUUUUAACCCUGACAACAUCUUUUUGGGUCCAAUUCCCAAGUGCAUAGUAUUGAAUUAGUGGACACAGAGUCUUACAAUGGAAGUUACCGUACCAACCCCUUCAACUUCAAUCACCACAAUUUAACUCAAGUGGGUGUGUACGUGGACGGAGAACAAAUCCUUCGAAAACCUUUGUUCCUGAAUUUUGACACCGCUGGUGGUCAAAAUGUGAUAGCCGGCUAUCAAAGUCUUUUCUCUGGUAUUGGAAAGCUUUCCCGGGAUACGGGCAAUCAGAUAAGUAGAAGUGAUUAUGGCUCUGGUUACACCUUAUUCGCAUUUGAUUUGACCCCAGGUCACUGCCCGGGAGAUCAUUUUGAGCUCAUAAAACAAGGAAACCUGCGCUUGAAGCUUCAUUUCUCGGAAGCACUCGCUAACACGGUUAACCUUAUCGUCUACGCUGAAUUUCAAAACGUGAUUGAGGUCGACGCAAACCGAAACGUUCUCUACUACUGCAGAAACUAAAAAAAGAAUGGACACCAUUCAACUGACCCUUAUUUUGAGAAAGGACAAAUUUACAAGAGGUGUGUUUCAAGGCGUGUAUCCCUCAGACAAGCUGCCUGCAAGUGUUUCGCAAUACCCAGCCCUAUUCAUCGCCAGUGUGGAUACAAGUGACAAGCCAGGUUCGCAUUGGGUGGCGUUUUACUUCACCAAGGAGCAAGAAGGAGAAUUUUUCGAUUCUUACGGAGCACCUUCCAGCAAAUAUUCAGGAACAUUUACUACCUUUUUAAACAACAAUUCUAACCAGUGGAUUUUUAAUACUGUGACAUCACAAAGCAUCUAUUCCAAAGUCUGCGGACAUUACUAUUUGUAUUUUGCUUUAUAUCGUAGUCGGCAAAUAAGUAUGAGUACAAUUUUACAUCCUUUUUCUAAAAACAUGCGUAAAAAUGAUAGUCUUGUCAAGCGAUUUAUUGAAAAACAUUUUCCUAUAAGUCUUACGAAAUAUCGCACUGAUGUAAACAAGCAAAGAGCACAAGCCCAGCACAACGUUCAAUAAACAAACACCUUGUGAUUUCUUUUCAACGUCUUUUAUUGAGUGAACAAAAUAAAGAGAUGAUUGACAAUAAUAAUAAUGUUUCUUGUGGUGAUUUAUAACCGUAACCAGCGCACAGCCUCAGGGCGCGGACUCGCGUUUCUUUGCCGCUGCUUUUUCACGGGGGAUACCGUCACAGGUGGGCUAGGUAGCCAACGAAAAGGACUGUGAGGGGUUUUGUCUCUCACCCUUGCUUUAAAUUCACGAAUAGCACUUUGCCUCUCUGGAUUACGCACUAGAUUUUCCGGGACAUUCAUUCGCGCCAGACCCCUCGCAAACACUGACCACCCCACCGGUUCAAGUCCUUUGCGGUGGCGUAAAGUGUCGUUGACUAGGUCGACUAGAUGAGAACCUGGAAUGGGUUUGGUUUCAUACAACAGCUCUCCUUUAUCAUUCCAAUGCAAGACAUCUUGAUGCUCUUUAAUUUUAUCCAACAAUUGUCUAGCCCCGGCUUUGUAAAUUUUGGGUACACUUUUCAUGACUUCUUGCUCUACAGCUGAUGUAAUGAAUUUUUCUGGGACAGGUUCUUCCGUAGGUUGUUCAUUCUUCUUCUGGUUUAGGUGUUUCUACUGCUUUGGGGGUUGAUAUUUUUACAUGAAGAGGUUGACCUUUUUGCUGAUCGUAAUAAGUCAAGUACCGCUGCAACACUUGAUUGUAAAGCCUAGCUUUUUGUUUAUCAUCAAGUUCUUUACUGGAUAAAAUAUCGGUCAUUUCACUAUCCAAGUUUUUCAGAGUUUGUGUGACGGGUGGGGUUAAAAUCUGUUGGCGUUGCUGUAAUCUUUCCAAGGUGUUCUCUGGUACGAGAACCAUACGCUUUGUGUGAUUCAUUUUAGGUAAGAAUCGAACUUAACACACGGAGAACGGGAGGUAGCAAAACACUUAAAAAAUUUUCUCCGUGUUGUACCAACAAUUUCUUUUGCUUAUCGAGCGGUCUACUUUUUUCGGCUAAAGCGAUCAAAGAUUUCUUGUGAGGUAAAGCUUUUUCUUGGCUGGCUUACUGACGGGCACUGUUCCUUUAAGCACGUUUAAAACACACACACAAAUGGUUCUUACUAAAGCGUCGUCGGCCACCAUCAAAAUGGCUUUACGCUGAGCUGGGGUACACUUGACAAGCAGCUUCAGAAAAUCGUGGUUCUUUCUCAGUUGCUGUACCAUCCUCAACUAAAGAAAUUUGAUGUGGUUCACGCUUUUUAUACUUUUCUGACGUAAGCGUACUGAGUCUCCCCGGGGAAAAUAUUCGUACGCAGCCGGAAGUCGGUAGGUGUUUCCGAUUUAAGGUCGCAAAAUAAAUAUCCAUAGGGCCUUUUUGUUGCAUCCUCAAACGCUUCUUGCAUGUAUUUGACAUGACUGGGAAACAUUUGUCUUGCUAAAUGAUUGACCUGACUACUAUCACGCGGGCUUUUGAACACCACUAAGUAAUGAGAAUUCAAACUCAUAUCUCUCAGUUCUUUUCCACGAUAAAAAAUGUUUUGGAGAAUAAAGAUCACGCUGAGAUUGCGAUGGUGACAGCCCUUGGUAAACAAAUUAGUCAUUCGCUGAUCAUUGCUAAGCUCGUGCAUUAAGUCAUCAAUGACGACUAAAUUCCGAAUAGAGGGAUUAAUCAGGGUUUCCAGAUCACCAGGCACUCCUUCGACAAACAUAAUGUUCGGAAUAGUUUUAAGCAUCUCAUCGUAGGCUUGUUGAUACAUGCUUUAACACCACAUGAUAUUUUCCGGGGCACCAUCAAUCAUGUCUUUCCCCCGAUUCAAGUAAACGUUGGGCCGGCCACAAGCGCGGGGAAAGGAUGUUUCCAUCUCGGAUCCAUGAUCACAACUGAUUAACUGAAUGGUGCGUACUAUCAUUUAUAGAAAAAUUGUUUUAGGUUCAGCCUCUUUCUCGUAAACACGAACCACAUUGGUGUUUUGUAGUUUAGCAAACUGUAGCCAAUAUUUUCGCUCUGUCUCUGUUAACUCGUGUACUUGAGUUCAAUGAUUUGCCAAUCGAACUAAAAAUUUAGAAUGACAUCCCGGUAUGGGGCAGUGUUUACAUCUUAGUUUCUUCAUGUUAUCUCUGUGAAAGUUUGAUUUCAACUGAAUAAAACUAUUUGCCACACGAAAUUUAUUGUUGAUUUUCGAGGGCACAUACGGCAGAAAGGCCAGAAAGGGCACUUUUUUAACCCUGUGUUUUCCCAGGAAGCGCUCAAGGAAAGGCACGUGCGUGGCUAGACAGAGAACAAGCCAUUAUUAAAAUUCUCCCAACUUUGUUUAUUUACAAACUAUCUAACAAUGACAAUCUUUCAGAAAUUUUUAGGAAACUCUUUUAUAUACAAUACUAUUUACAAUUUACAAUAAGCGAAACUUAUCGACCAAUUCUAUUUUUUACAAACUUGGAAACUUAAAUGUCGAGUGGAAUGGUGCUGACUCCAUCAGCCAAAACUUUUCGUUUCGGGUAAAAUACGCGAAUGCAUCUCUCACUUGAGUAUAAGUAUACACGGUAUUGUUAACUACUCUGAACCCCCGAUUGACCCCAGCACUAUUUUGUUUGGUUAAUAGUACAUUUAAAUAUUUAUCUUUGUUAAUCUCGUUACAUUUCUUGUUAACCCCUUUGCAAGAAAAGUUAUCUUUCGCCUCAAAACAAUGAACACAACCCGAUAAUUCCUUGUCCCUUCCACUCAACCUUAAAAGGACCCGGGGUUCGCUUAUCAUAGGCCUUAUGCUCGGGUGUAUCCGUACGGGGAAACCAGUUACGUUUAUCGGCUUCGAACUCUGCUUUCAAUUUUGGUUUGACUAAACUUUUUACACUCUCCCCAGCAAUAGCGAUAUACGCACUGUCUGUGUCCAUUUCACACAUUUGAAAAUCGCUACGGUCUAAAUACUUGUCUAAGAAAUCAUAAUAAAACGGUAGCAUGCGAAGUUUGGCAUACUGGUACACAAAAAAACCUAGAUUUCGUCUUAAUCACCGAGUAUUUUACACUUUUUGCAAUUAUUAAAGGGUAAUAAAGUGGAUUUCUUGUGUCUUAAGAAACGUUUCUGGUUUUAUCGCGGGCGAUUAUUAGUCGUGUGUUUCAAUUGAUCCUUGUUAAGUUAUUAAUUGGUUUCUUUUUGGGUGUUUUUAUAAUAAUGCGUCAAGAUGCUCCCUUGGGGUUUUUACUGCAGAGCUAAUGUGUAUGCAACCGUGAACUUGUGAACACGCAUAAUUACCUGACUAACGGCGCGUGAAACGCCGAGACUGUAAUAGUUUUUCAUUUCCUCGAGAUAGAAAGGAGAAAACGGUUUUGUAAUAGUCAGACAAAAUUGAAAUAGAGAGUUUUCAGCUCCACUUCGUGUAUAAUGUGCGUGUGUUUUGUUGAUAUAUCCGCGUUUUAGCGCUAAAUAAGGAGACGUAAACUAAAUUGAAAGUAAAGACCUUUCAACUCUACUUUCUGUUUGUGUUUUGUUUAUAUACCUGAGUUUAGCGCUACAUGGUGAUCGCUUCUCUUACUCCUAUUUCUCUUUUAAUAGACGGUCUGAAAACCGAGCUCAAGUUACUUCACUGGCAAGUGUAGGCAAGCCUAUUGUUCCUAUUGAAGUAGAGUGACGCUCCCCUAGCUUACUUAAUGUAGUGGCCUCAGACAUUCACAAUUUUGCCAUUGCUCAUAAUAUGAGACUUAAUCCAACCAAGUGUAAAGAAAUGCAUAUUUAUUUCCUACGCAACUCUAAUUGUCUCAUUAACCCGAUAAUAAUUGGCGGCAAUCUCAUCAAGCGUGUCAAUACCUAUAAGAUCUUAGGAGUUAUUAUGGACAAUGACCUGAAGUGGAACUGUCAUGUUGAUUACAUUAUUAAGAAAGCUUGUAAGAAGUUAUACUCCCUUAGUGUUCUCCGCAUAGCCAGGGUGAGCCAACCCAACGUCUUGAGGAUAUACCUUAGCACAGUCCGGCCAGUUUUAGAGUAUGCUGUACCAGUCUAGCAGGACAUCCCUGCUUACCUGUCCGAAGCCAUAAAGCGAGUGCAACAAAGGGUGCUUAACAUAAUCUGCCCCGAGGCAGAGUCAUAUGCUCAUGCCUUACAGUUAGGUAAACUAGGUAGGUUAGAUGAUAGAAGAGUACUCUUGUGCUACAAAUAUAUGGCGAAAAUGAAGUCCCCCAGCCACCCUCUGCACCACCUACUUCCCAGCCCACUUCUGGACGCGCCUAACUACACCUUAUGGCAGAAAACACAAAAGUAUCAUCUUUUCCGGAACAUGCAGGUCUGUAGGACAAAGAGAGUGGAGGACUUCUUUACAUUUUAAUUUUUUAAGUGAUUCAAUUGUUAUUUUCAUUGUACUCUAGAUAAUAGUUGCCUUAAGAUUGUAAAAUGUACUCGAUAAUUCAGUUCUUUUUACUGCAAGAGAGUUUUAAUAAACUAUUCAUAUUCAUAUUAGUAAACCUAAUACCGAAUUAGUAUGCGGGAAGGUAUUUUUGUCGAGUAUCCUUAUUAGUAUGCAGGAAGACCCUCAUUAGUAUGGAAGAAAACAUUUUUCCCUAGGUUAUAAGAAUGGGUGACGUCAUAGACUCGACCGUUAUGCAUAUUAAUAAAGGGAACGCACUUUUUGCGAGGGAAUCCAAAUUAGUAUGCGGGAAGUCCAAAAUGAGGCUUAAUUUUGUUGAAGCAUGACUACUAUCUUAACCCAGCUUCGAACAACCCGGCCCUGUUUUAUUUUGUUCAUCAUCCAGAAUUAGCAGUUUGGUUCUACAGCUGUAACAGUGUGUGCUCCUUUUAUCUGCAGCUUUUUUGCAAUGGAGCUUGCUCCAUUGUUAGCAGUCUGUGAUUUGCAAUCUAUUGCACAAAAAUCCCUCAGUGGUGACACAGGCCUGAAAAGGGAGUGAACCUUAUAGUUCAGUUGUUUUUGUUGAAAUAAUAGAGAAUAUUAGUGGUAUGACCACACGAUUCCAUUGAUUUAAAUUAAUUUACUUUCAUAAUUUUUUGAUCUUGUGAUGUUAUGUGUUUCACUUGAGUUGUUCGUGCAUCUAUAAAAUAUAUUAGUAAGAGUUAUCGGCCUCAAGUAAGGGGUUAUGUGAUUUAUUCCCCUCGUGCGUUACGCGAGGGGAAUAAAUCACAUAACCACGAGCUAGAAGGCCGUUAAACGGCCCUUAUUUUUACAUUGGCAAGGAUUCCUCGAGGGAUGCAAAAAUACAUUGACGAAGAAUGCCUCUAUUGUUCAUCUUUUCUUUUUAACACUCCAUGCUGGCAUUGGUGACAUUCACAAGUUUGUCAGCUUUUUAAUUAUGUUAGUUUUUCAAAGUCGUAUUUCGAAUUAGUUGUUCGUAGUGAAUGCUAGAAAGAGCCUAAAGAGCCUAGCAUUGUCGAGCGAGAAGUCAGAGCCGUAUAUUACUCAAAUAAGAACGCUCUUAGUAGCGUUGAGUCUCGCUUGCUUCGAGCCCAUGGGGCUUGGAAAUAAGUUUUGCUGUCAAAGGCGGUGGUGCUGUUAUGCUACGUUUCCGUUUUGAAUACAAAGCGAGUGUUAUAUGUCAUAAUCUAAAUACUCAAAACGUAAAAAUUGCAGGGAGAGACAGGCCGCACAUCCGGCUUAGUUUCACACCGGUGUGAAACCUUUGAAAACCUUGUACAUCUUGAUAUUGCUCCAGUGAGGAGAACUCUUUCAGGGAAUUUACACUCAAAAUAUUGAACGAUGAUUUUUAUCAGUAUAAUAAUAUACACGAAAAAAUUCCUCAAUUCUGAUUGGCUGAGAAAGGAGUGCAGCUCUUCUGUAACACGAGUGCAAACUGUGUAACACAAGUGCAAACUUGUAACACGAGUGCAAAUUACAAAUGCUUUCUGAUUGGCUAAAAACACAAAAGAAACCGACAAGAACCAAUCAGAUUAGAGCUGUUUCUAUAGCAACAUAUUGGCGGAAAUUUUGAGAUAAGACGCGGAGGAAAAUGGCCGGGGUUUUCAGCAAACAACGAUUUGGUUUUGCAAGUGAAACAACGAUUGAAGAGCUAAAAAAUUUUUCCAAAAACCCAAACACAGUAAAGAGUACGUCUUUCUGGCUGAAUGUAUGGGAGACGUGGUGCAAACAGAAAAAUAUUGUCAACAAAAGCGAGGAAAACGAGCCAGAAAAACUAAACAAGCUACUUGAAACAUUCUAUGCUGAAGUAAAAAACA